UUUGUAAACAAGAUGCCGGACCGUGCCAGAAACCCAAAAGAGAAAGAUUCGCACAUCUCUUUCAAAAGGCUUGCAGCCGAGGGAACUCCAGUUGAAACGGUCACACAACGCGCCAUCGGUGGCAUCAAAAUAGCAAUGCACAAACUUGAACUUACCGAAGGCAUGUAUGACUCUUCGUUGUUCCCGCUUCGCCGGUCACGACCUAGCAGUUACUGGAGACGAGCGUCUGGCCGCAAAGCGCAACCCUUUGCGCAAACAUUUACUUAGCCUCUUGACUCCAAGAUUUACCAAAGAAGCGGAGGCCGAUCCAAUUAGUAGUCAGGGUAGUAUACCAUCACCUACCAGGAAGCUGUGGCGACGCCGAAAGUAUUCCUCGAUAUCUACUUCUGACUCUGAACACCUCAUAGUUUCUCCCAUUUCCCCACCGACGUCUCUACCACCCCCUCUGCCUCCUAAACCAUCGAAGCCAGGAAAGAGGAAAAGCGCCUUUGUUGAAGAGGAAGAAGAUGUACGAUCACCAAACCUGCUCCAGGAUCCCGGUCUUCCGCCAAGCUCAUACGACAGAAUACUAAUCAACAGACCCAUUGUACGAGUUCCACAUAGUUCCGACGCGCCAUCGCCUGUAUCAGCGGAAUCUGCUCGCACAGAAAUACCUGUCUACCUCAGUCCCAGGACACUGUCGAAGCAGCGGGACACAUCUUCAAGUGCAUACUUGACAGCUAGCCAAGACAGAGUUCAGCGUGACAAUGACGAGGAAGAGGUCCUGUAUCCUGCCGCUAUACAUCGUGUCCGAUCACCCUAUAGCCCGAGUGACGAUCGCCGCCAUGGUCGUGAGAUCAGUUGGAUUGUCUCCCCAGAAAUACCCAUGCCAACUGACGACAUAGACCGAGAGGAAGAUGAAUUGGACCCCCCGUCUUCAAGUGUCUCUGUAUCAAUUUUGCAACAGGAAGCAUAUGAUUCAUCCCUCCGCGAGUCAUCAGAUUCACAGAAUAACGCGGUUAUUGAGUCUGGACCAUCGCCAGACACGGCUUCACCCUCGCCAUCUUCGUUAAUGGCUGCUUCCUCUACUUCCCUGACGUGCGCGAGUGAUGAGUCUAUAUCUGUCCAGCCAUCUUCAUUGCGGCUGUCCGUGAUUUCGCCCGUGCAAGGAGACCGUUCUUCUCUCAGUACAGAUUCCUUGGACACUGAUGCAUCUGAACGCGGUGACGAAGAUACGACCUCAAUCGACACUUGGGGGAAGAUCCAAAGUUUCUCCAGGUCUCAUUCACGGACCAAUAUUGGACAUCCACAGGAACCACUGUAUCAUAGAGACUUCGGUAUCAGUCAUGAAAGUGGGUCGAGUCUUGCCAUCAGCAGGACGGACAGGCACGAUGGAAGUACGUUAGCCUUGCGACAAUCCCAAAUCAUGCAGCCGUCACCUGCUUCUGCUUCUGCGCCUUUGCCAACACCCACUUUCGUGCUGCCUGCUUCGGGUUUUGAUCGGUAUCAGAGCCCCAAGUUGUUCCCAUUUCCAGGAAUGAGGAUACCGGAAGAGCGUCGAGCUAAUGGCGGGACUGCUGGUUCGUCAUCCACCCCGGAUGCCAUUACUCUUGGCGGCAGGGUUGAGAAAGAACAAGUCUCUAUGCAGGACAAAUCUUGGAGUUCAUAUCUUGACCUGAGUGCCGAGGGCAUAAUCGAACAUCAUAUGCCUGAUGCAGCUUUGCAGUACCGUUCCCGCAAUUCACUUAGGCAUUUCAACAGCCUUUCUGAAGGAUCUAGUACAUCAAAGCUACCUAUGACACUGCCGGCUGUACGGAAAUGGCUGAACACUGAGAAGUCAAAGCUUUCUUCCCCACCGUCUGAAAGAGCCGAUCUUGCCUACAACCGGUCAGAUCUCUUUAACGCCUUCACCCCCGAUGUCAACCUCCCAUUUUCCCAGCCGUACCAGUACGGGUCACACACUAGUGCUGGGUCUACCAGUGUCACUUACGCACCUAUGCCCCCAGCACCAAAUUACAAAAACGAGCCAACUGACAACUACGGCUAUUCCAAGUCUUCCGAAUAUUUGAACCCUCUUUCUUCCUCUAGCUCUUACUCCGGGGAUGAUGCAUCAGAUGAAGUCUCAUUAUACAACUAUGAAGAAUCGUCCACCAGUAAAACGGGGCAUACUCUUUUUGGUGAACCAUCCCCGAUCCUCCCAACUGCUUCUGUGUCUCUUCAGAAAGUUUCGUCCGGAAUGGGGGUCUCUGUCUCGUUGGCAGAUGCCUUGAAAGACGAGGCUGUCGUAAACGCGCUUCUAGACGCGUGCAGACGGGGACCAGGACCCUGGCAUAUUCUCGAUGUUACCACAGACAAAAUAGUCAAACAGGUCGUGACGGCGCUUUCUAAAUCAGAUAUAUACGACCAGUUAGCGGAUCUAACGGUUAAGCAAGCACAGUCCUCCUUGGACUUUCUUCAGGACGUGGGAACUAUUUCCUCUAAAAACUUUUAUUAACAACUCAGCAUCGGCUAGCUUCUAGACAUACCGGGUCUUCCAUUGUCAUACAAAUGCACAUUUUUCAAGACUUCUCUCAAAUUAUCGCGCAUGUAUGACUGCGUACCUCGGUGUCUCAUGCUCAGAGGCUUCAAAAAGACGGGUGAUUAUCCGUUUGCUCGAGGUCAUUUUGGUGACUUGUGGAGAGGUGAGGUCGGAGGAACGGAAGUUGCUGUCAAACGAGCAAGAGUAUUCACAAGCGAUAAUAA